GGGCGGGGUGGGGCAGACAUGGCUGCCUCCGAGCGAGCGGACUCUGAGGUGGAAGACGCAGGACAGGUCUUCCUCCUGAUGAAGAAAGACUAUCGGAUCUCCCGCAACGUGCGCCUAGCCUGGUUCCUCAAUCACCUGCAUCAAGUCAUUUGGGCUGUGCCUGAGACAGAGCUGGUGAAGUCAGAUAAUGAACUGGAUGUUCUCAGCAUCCUGCCAAAUGGAUGGCAGCCACAUGAGUCUGUCCGGCCUAGGCCUUAUCUCCUAGUGCCUUCCACACAGGUCACCUUCCUGGCACGACAGUACCGCUUUGUGAUUGAGCUCGACCUGAGCCCAUCCACAGGCAUUGUGGAUGACUCAACGGGGGAGAUCAUUUUUGAUGAAGUGUUUCAUGCCCUUUCUCGAUGCCUAGUGGGAUUGCUAAAACCCUUCCGAAUUCCUGGUUCAGAAAUUACCUACCAGCCAGAGAUCUUUGUCACCAUCCAAGCAUAUUCCUCCAUCAUUGGCCUGCAGUCCCACCAGGUGCUAUUCCAAGGCUGUCAGCUGGAUGAGACCAAGAGAGAGACCUUCCUGCAGCAAAUUUACACACAGCUGUGUGCCUUUGAGAAUAAAGUGGCUGAGAUGCUCCAACAACAGUAUGAACCCAAGCCCCAGGUAGAUUUGUCACCCCUCAGCCAGGAGAGUCCUUGUGCCACACAGGAACCUUCUGGAAGGAAGUCGGGUGUCUCCAUGGUCACUGCUGACAUUGGCCUAGUCAGCAUGAUCCGACAGGGGAUCUUAGCACUGCAGCUGUUGCCUUCCAACUCCAGUGCAGGUAUCAUCAUAAUCACAGAUGGUGUGACCAGUGUCCCGGAUGUGGCUGUGUGUGAGACUCUGCUCAACCAGCUGCGGAGUAGCACUGUGGCCUGCUCCUUUGUGCAGGUGGGUGGAGUCUACUCAUAUGACUGCAGCUUUGGCCACGUCCCCAAUGUGGAACUGAUGAAAUUUAUUGCUAUGGCAACUUUUGGUGCUUACCUGUCUACCUGCCCUGAGCUGGAUCCCUUAAGCCUCGACCUCAAUGUAUAUCACAAGGCCUUCCUGCUGUAUUCCUUUCUGCGCACUGGGGAGUCCCUGAACCCAGAGUAUUACUGUGUGUCCCAGCACAGACUGUUCAACGAGCAUUUGGUGUCCGCGAGCAGCAACCCGGCUCUGGCCAUGAGGAGGAAGAAGCACACAGAGAAGGAGGUGCAUGCAGACCUCGUGAGCAUAGUCUCUGUCCGGCUGCGUGAGGGCUACAGCAUCCGUGAGGUCAACAUCACCAAAGGUGGCUCCCAGCUGGAAGUGAAGCUAGUCUUGCUGUGGAAGCACAACAUGCGGAUAGAAUACCUGGCUGUGGCGGCAUGGCCCCUGGACCCCUCCAAGCGCAGUACCUGGGUGGAGGUGACAAUGGAGGGCAGCUAUGACAUCCUGCAUGAUAUCAGCUGCACCAUGAGGAAGCCUAUCACCAGCCUGUACCGCACUACAGUGAUCCGUCGCUUCUGGAACACACUGCAGAGCAUCAACCAGACCGAUCAGAUGCUGGUUCACCUGCAGUCUUUUGACACCGUUCCAGAGCACUUUACCAUCCCUGAGAGCACUAAGAACGGAGUGCCCCUUUUCUACAUCCCACCGGGCUCUACUACCCCGGUGCUGUCCCUGCAGCACAGCGGCUCUGACUGCAGCCAUUCACAGUUUGCCUCCUACUGGAAGCCCAUCCUCUCCAUGGAUGCUAAUUUCUGGCAGAGGUGGCUGCAUAUGCAUCGGAUUGUCCUCAUGCUGGAGCAUGACACACCUGUCCCAAAGCACCUGCACACACCAGGCAACAAUGGCCGGUACAGCACCAUCCAGUGCCGCAUCUCUCACUCGGCACUCACCUCCCUGCUGCGGGACUGGAGCAGCUUUGUGCUAGUGGAAGGCUACUCCUACGUCAAACUGAUGCCCAGCUCUGAGGAUCCAGCUCCUUCUUCAUUCUAUGUGGUACGGAUCAUCUCCAAAGCUCCCUGCAUGGUUCUCCGGCUAGGGUUCCCCAUCGGGACGCCUGCCCAGGCCAGGAACCGGAUAGUGGAGGAGUUACAGGACCGGAUCCUGCAGCUGCGCUUCCCCCACAGGGUCCAGAGCAAAGAGGCGACUCCCAAAGUGAAGAGGAAAACUUUUGGCAGCAGCUCUCCCUCGAAGUCCCCGCCCGUGGCUGGGGCCCCGCCAGCCCUCUCAGACAGGCCCUGCCUUGUAGUGCUGCACAAGCCGCUGGAGAAGCUCCUGAUCAGGUAUGAGAAGCUGCCUUCCGACUACCGGGCUCCCUUCAUCCUCACCCUGGAGCACCCCCCUGUGUCCGGCCCCCUCACCAUGGUGGCCAACCGCACCGCCUCCUCCACCCUGGCUUCGCUCUCCCGCUACUUCUAUCACCAGCGCUGGAUCUGGUGCAUCCAGUCGGGGCUGGCCCCAGCCGUGCCCAUCGCAGCCGUAGCCCAUCUCCUGUCCACACUCACCGAGGUCCGUUUGUCAGAGGGCUUCCAUUUUGCAUCCAGUGGAGACGGAAUUAUCAAUAUGGUGCUGGAGCUGCCCAUACGGAGUGACUCCUCCAGUGACGACAGCAGCGGCAGAGAGAAGCACACUUGCAUCGUCCAGUAUGUCCUCUUUCCGCCACACUCCACCUCCACCAAGGACAGCUUUUCUACAGAUGAUGACAACGACACAGAGGUGGAGGCCAUCGAAAUGGACACUGAGCUGAACCUGGUCACUGAGUGCUGGGUGGAACCACAGAGUGGCCACAUCCGCAGCACUGCUGAGAACUGGAGGUAUCUCCAAGGGCUGCCCUACCAGAAGAUCCCCAAAGCUCUGUACCCCAGGGAUCUGGCCUGCAUUAGCACCAUGCUAACUUUCGAGUACAUCAGCCAGCUAUGCCAGAACAAGGAGUGGGUGUCCCCGGCUUUGGAAGCCAAGGCUGCUGAAGGCCCUGACAUGGGGGCUGGCUCCCAUGUGCAUGAGAUCCCGUUCCAGUUCAGCCUCCUGAAGCUGCUACCCAAAUGCCAGCAGAUCGAAAUGUUCUUCCUCAUGCUGACGGGAGAGGAUGAGGUGAUGGCCAAGGACUCUUCGUUUGCACCCAAUGAAAUGCUGCUAGACUUCUUCCACGGCUGCCUGCAGCAUGACCUCAGUGACCGGGAGAUCCCUUUGGCGGACAUGGAUCACAUGGCCUUCAUGGAGCAGGUCCUACAGCGGGACCGCGAUGGCCAUCUGCCCCCAUUCACGCUUCCAGUGAUCCGAGAAGAGCCCCUGAAGGCCCCUGCGCCCCUGGACCAGCAGGAUCCCUCUUUAGCUGCUCACCCUGUUGGCAGUAGCACUACCAGGGACAUGAAUGGCUCCACGAGCACCCUGCAGAGCCUGUGCAGCGCAGAGUUGCCGGAGGCCGACGUGUCCCCGGCCGAUGCUGCUGGGCUUCUCCUGCAAUGGCGAUGCUACGCCAAGCUGGUCAGUCCACAGCACCUCUUCCUCACCUUCCUGCCAGCCACCUUCCCCAACGUACAGAAGCUGAUGGCUUGUGCGCUGGAGAAAGCCCUGAAGGAGGACGGCUCUGCAGGAGAGAGCCUGGACUCUGUCUGUGGGGAGCCGGGCAGAACGGGACUCGAGGAGGCGGUGGCUGCGGCAUUCCCACCUACCCUCAGUGUAACGCCGGCCAAUGAAGCAUGCCAGGACCCAGGAGAGCCAGGCGCUGCCCUGCGGAAGGACGUACACAUCUCCUUCAGCCGCCAGGCCUCGCAGCCCGAGCUGAGCGAGGGGCACCGGGUCCGCUGCCCUGUCUACGUCUAUAGCUGCUCCUUGGAGCUGCUGCGGGAGCAGAUGGUCAGCCCCCGGACACACCGGCCUCCGCGGGACAUCUUUUUCAGGUCCCAGUUUCUGGAGCGCCCCCCAAAUGCCACCUGGCUAGACCACAAGCACAAGGAGCUGGUGAGUUACUGCACGCUGCUGCAGGAGCACUCGCACCAGUGCUACGUGAAAGGGCUGUUCAAGAGCCUGCAGCAGUCGCAUAGCAUCAGCUCCCAGGACCUUCUCACAGCCAUGGACUACUGCGAGGAGCUGCUGCAGGAGAUCGACAUCACCAACUUCCUGCUGACCCUCUGCAGCCAUGUGCGGGCCUUCCGCGAGAGCCACCGGCACUUCCACAUGCACCCCAGGGCAGCCAGCCUGGAGCAGGAGGAGGAGCCACUCUCCAGGGAGAGGGGUGUCCUCGUCUCAGAGUCUAGUGCGGAGAUGGAGGACUACAGCGAGCAGGACCACGGAGGUUUCUCAUGCCCCACUGAGGAGCCCAAGAUCAGCACCAGCUGCUGCCCGGAGUUCCCCCUAUCCCUGCUGGAGAAUGGCCAGCCCUGCCAGGUGCACCCUGACCUGCAUAAAAUUAUCCAGGAGAAGUUCCUGGAAAUCGGGAGUUUGCAUUUUAAGCCAGUGCUGUCGAAUCCUCAUUAUUUCUUCUACUGUCCGCCCUGUGCCAAGAAAGAGGAGGAGGCCUCCCGGGACCAGGCAGACAGGAAGGGCAGCGAGGACAUGGAGGGGUCGGAGGCUGAACUGGCAGUGGAAGAAGGGACCGUGUCUGGCUGCUGCAUUGCCACCGAGAGUGACCCGGAGCUGGAGGUGGAGUAUCGGGAGAAGCUGGAGAACGAGUUCCCAGACUUGGGCUCCCUUUCGGACUCGAACACCGUCAACCAUGACGACGACUCGUUCAGCGUCCUGGGCGGGGACUCGCUGAACGAGCAGGAGCUCCUGGAGCAGGAGAUGCCGCCACUCUUCGUGCACCUGACCUGCUCGGUGAAGCUGCGCACCCAGCACAGCUCCAUGCCCGUGCGGUCGCUGCCCACCUGCCUGGGGGAAGUGCUGAGCUGCCUGGAGACCUGCCAGGCUAUGGCCAGCAUUGACCUCAGCGACCUCUGUGUGACCCUGGACAUCUUCGUGCUGACCUUGCCGCUGGAGAUAGAAGGUGUAAACGCUGACCUUCACCACAACAGGUACACGUCUGAGAGCAGCAUCUCCUUCACCCGCUCGCCCGGGCAGCCCUCCUCCUUUCGCUCUGACGAGGAGAUCAUGCACAACCUGGACCGGCUGCCGUCUACGGGAGGCGAGAGGCAUCCAGCGCUCUCCAACCUCCCAGGGGUACACAGACAAGCUGUCGAAGCCACCAUGAAUGAGAUCCGCUGGCUUCUGGAUGAUGAGAUGGUGUCUGCACUGCGCCAUUCGCAGGCGGUCAGCACCUCCAUCCUGGAACGGGUCGCCACCCACGUCUACAGCUCCCAGGGGAGGCCUAGCUGCCACAGCGAGGUGGUGCCGUUGCAGUUCGUCUUCGGGCCCGAGCACUCCUUGGAGAAGUUCAAAGAGGAGUUCCGGAGAAUGACCCUGCCUGGCUACGUGCUCAAUGCUGAGGGCAGCGAUUACCACUACGUCUCCGUCAGCCGCUUGCACCCCCUGGAGGCCCCCGCCAGCGCUGUCCCCAGCCUGCAGCAGCCCGCGCCAGGAGGAAGCACUGGAGCAGCCCAGAGCCACGUUGGGCAGGAGGGGAGUAGUGAAGCAGAUGCCGAAGGCCUCCAUCCAAUGCCCUCCCUGCCGCAGGGGGCUGGGAGCCUCUGGGCCUGGCCAGUGGGUGAGAGCCAGUUUGGGCCGGACGUGGGAAAUCCACUGAGCGAGAGCGGACAGACGCAGGACGAGGAGCCAGAGGAGGUGCUGCGGCCGGAGCAAAGUGGAGCGGUGGGACACAGCUCGCUGGAGGAGGCAGCCCGGGAGAUGACCCCCCUGACUCCUCCCCACUCUCGGUUCCUGCCCUUGUCCUCGGAGAAGGGGAGUGGUGAGAAAUCGCCAUCAGCAGCGAGCCUGGCUGACUCCGGGACCCAGGGCAGGGAAGGCGCCACCAAGCAGCGUCCCAGCCGAGUGCAGAGCCUAGUGUCAAGCCAGGGCAGCAUGGACUCGGAUCACUUAGGUUAUGAUGGAGGGAGCAGUGACUCGGAGUGCGACGAAGCCCUGAUGAGCGACCAUGACCCCAAGUGCCCCCUGAUGCCGGAUUUCUGGCUCAUUGUAAAGAUCCAGCAGGACCGGGUGGAGGCGUAUUCUCACACACGCAGCCUGAGUGCAGAGCAGGUGGCGAUGGCUGAGGCCGGGAAGGAGCCGGCCGGGGAGUGUCUGCGUCUCCACCAGACCGUGGUGAGGAAGAUUGGCGAGAUCUGCAGGGUCGUUAACCAGCGCUUGCUGCUGCAGGACCUGCACGACAGCCACGUCUGCAACACGCUGCUGGUGGCGGAGAGCGAGGAGGACAUCUGGAAGAGCGAGACUCCCUACAACUCCUAUCGGCAGCGCGCCCAGCCCACCGAUGAUUACUCCACCGAGGAAAGCUACCAGCCCCGCGACUACCUGGCAGCCACCAUGCAGUUCAUGCCAGGUCACUUCGCCUGCCCCGUGGUGUGGAGCACCCUCAUCCACGUGCACUCCCGUCUCAAGAUGGGGCCCAAUAUGGGGGUCUCGCGAGCUAUCCAGGCGCUACGCUCGGUGCUCAAUGCUUUCUGUGUGGUGAACAGGAAGAACAUGUUUGUCUACCAGGAGCGAUCCACCAAGUCAGUCUUCUACCUCCGACUCUCUGAAACCACCCACAACGGGAAGGCGGGGGAAGGGGAGAGCACCCAGGGCUGCGUGUGCCACUCGCUGGCUCUGACGCGCAGUCAGGAGCCCAUUCACAUGGAGGAUCAGACAGGCUCGCGCUCCUCCCUGGACACAGCCUCCUGCCGCAGCGCGGACUCUGCCCGCCCCGUGGGCCAGGUGGACAGACACAUCCAGCUCAUGGUGCAUGGUGUCGCCCCAGCAGGGCCCGAGAUCACAGACGAGCUGGUGAAGGUUCUGCGCAGGCGUCUGGAUGAAGCCACCUUGGAUAUCAUCACUGUCAUGCUGGUGCGGAACUGCAAGCUGACCCCGGCCGACGUGGAGUUCAUCCAGCCCCCAGGCUCUCCGCCCACAGAAGUCCUCCAGUUCACUCUGCCCCCAGCCUCUCUGCCCUGGCUCCCUGCUGUGGCCUGUUACCUGCGCCAGAACCUGCUCAUCUUCCUGCACACCCCCAAGUACACCGACAGCAACGUAGAGCACCACUUCAAGCACUACUUCCAGCAGGGUGGCAGUCCCGACCUAGAUCUCUACCUGUACAACAAGCCUGGUGGCCAAGGCACUGGCGGCAAAGGAACCAUGUCGGACCUUGUGCAGCACCUGUUUCCGCUCUCCCACUUUCAAGGAAUUGCGUGCAUUGCUCUGUCGUUCGUGGAUGAGCAUGACAGCCCCCUCUCACUGGCGCACUGGGAACGGUCUAGUUCCCUGAAGCUGCCCCCGUCCCCGCCUGGCACAGACCUGCUGCAGGACGCAGACUUCGAGAGCCUCACUGCAGUCAGCAGGCACCAUGCUGAGCCCGGCACCCUCCAACCAGGUGCCUGCACCCUGGUGCGCUUGGACGUCUGGGAGAAAGGGAACAUCAGUCCCCUGCAGCUGUCGGAGAAGCUGCGCAGUGCCGUGCGCCAUGCCCUGUGCGAUGCAGUCAUGGAGUUCCGAGUGCUGCCGGCCCCACUCUGCGUGGAGGCCGCCUGCCCGCCGGAGGAGCUAGGCAGUGGCGGAGGCCUCCGGAGGACCAUGUCGGAGACCAAGGGGCUGGCUCUUCCUGCGGGCAGUGCUGGUGCCAGUAGAGUGCCCCCGCCCCCUCUGCACUUCGCCUCAGCCCCCAGCUCUAGCUCCGGCGAGCCAGUCACGCCCACAAACAAGAUGGGGCGCCGGAGCUUCUGGGACAUGCUGAGUAAGGCCGACUCCUCGGAGCUGGGCAGCCCCAAAACCACUGACGACAUCGUGCUGGAGCGGCCAGAGGAGAGUCGCACCCGGCGCCGCCACAAGACCGAGAGCGUCAAGCAGCACCUGAGCCAGGAGCGUGCUUCCGCCACGGCCGAGCUGGAGCAGGCCCAGAGGCGCCAAGUCUGCCAGCUCCAGGAAGGGGAAGUGGGCACCAUGCACCCGCUCUUCAGUCAGACCUGCCGGCAGUGGAUGGCGUUCAUGAGUCGGCUGGGGUGUCCUUCGGUGCAGCAGUGCUCGGUGGAGAUCGUCUCCCGCUUCCUGCUCGCCUCCAUCCUGGAGGAGGUGGUGAGCCUGGUCACGGCCCUGGCAAGUGACACCAUUGUCAAGGUGUUCCAGCAGCACUGCUGCCCUCGGGGCGCCGCCUUCCUUCCAUACAACCCCCAUCAGAGCUCCAGUCCUCAGCCUGCAGCCAUCCGACAUUUCAUCCUGCUGGGACGCAACUUCCAUCAGUGGCGCUCCAGCACUGAGCAGGCGCACAAGGGGCUCCAGCACUUCGAGGCCAUGGAGCUGAGCUUGGCGGAGAAGGGCUCCAACUCCAGCCCCUCGCUGGCCCCGCGGCAGAGAUUCCUUCUCCUGGAGAUCCUUGACAAGAAGCUGAUGCUCUACACCUACAACUGGUCCCCGGACCUGGGCAGCUCCUUGAACAGCUCACUCACCCGCCUGCUGCAGUGGCAGAACGCCCGCUCCCACAUCGUGCAUUGCCUCCUCAGCCAGAAACUGGGGCUCUUCCACCACUACUGCUACCUGGACACACCCUGGCAUGAGGACAGCAAGCAGGAGCCAAACCCCUUCCUGAACUCCACCCUGGAGGUGGAUGCCCUGAUCCGGAGCUCAAGCCCUCCCCCCAACAAGGAGCAAGGCCGGCUCAGCAGCUCUACGCGCAGCCUGCCGUCCCUGCACUUCCCCCCCGACAUGAUGCCCUUUGACGAGGCUCUGCGAGAUGUCACCGCCCUCAAGAGCGUCCCCCUCGGCCCAGAGCUGGGGCCACGUGACCCGGUGUCUUGGCAUGGUGCCCAGUUCCUGGAAAUCAAGAGCCUGGAGAGGAGAGAGCUGGAGAAGCAGAUGAAGAUUGAGAAUCUCUUUGUGACGUGGCAGCAGAGAUCAGCACAGUCCAACAUGCCCAUCGGUCUGGCAGACCUGGAGACCCUGAAGCAGUCCUCGCGCCUGGUUCACUACUGUGCCACACCACUGCUCUUCGACCCAGCUUUCCGGCAGCAGAUCCAGGCCGACCAGCAGGCGAAGCUGGAGGGGAAGAAGCGCCAUCGCUCGAGCGACUCGACGGCGUCGGGGCGGGACCGGAGCCACAGCUGCGACUCGGCAGAGGUGCUGCCCUGCAAGCUGAAGGAGGAGCCCUGGCUGCAGGAGAUGUGCAACGCCUUCCUGCAGCAGUACAUCCAGUACCUGCAGAGCAUGGGUUUCAUCCUGGUGCAGGUGCGGCCCCCCUCGCCCGCCCGCAGUAGCACAAGCCGGAUCCGAGCUCUGGCAUUCCUGGGCACUGAGGGGAGAGGCUCCUUCUCCUACAAGCCCAAAGCAGAUGGGAGUCCGAAGAGCACAAGCCCCCCAGUCACCACCUACCACCUGCAGAGAGCCCUCCCGGGCGGCAUUGUGCUCAUGGAGCUGGGCUUCCAGGGCUGUUACUUUUGCGUGAAGCAGUAUGCGCUGGAGUGCUCGCGGAUCCCCAUGGGCCAGUCCGUCAACUCGCAGGGUGCUCUCACGGCCAGAGCUCGUAGCAAGAGCUGCAUGGGACCCAGCUCCAUCUCUGAGUCUGCGCUCUCCAUGCUCUUCACGGAGGAGUGUGACAAGGUGCGGGACCUCAUGCACGUGCACUCGUUCAGCUACGACUUCCACCUGCGCAUCGUGCACCAGUACCUGCUGGGCUCCCACAUGACCCUGCGCCAGGGCUACCACCUCACCAGCUUCCUGGAGGACUUCAUCGCCCACCACCCCGACAUCCCCAAGUUCGGCCGCAAUCACGUCUUCCAAGGCACGCUGGCCAUGCCCACCAACAUGAUAGCAGCCCAUCAGCUCUACAACUACGUGGCAGACCAUGCCAACACCUACCACAUGAAGCCCCUGCGCAUGGCCCGGCUGGCUGCGGGCAGCGACGGCAGGAAGGGGACCCCGGGCAUGGAGCAGAACGAAUACGCGCUGGUCUCCAUCUGGAACAGCUCAGGCUCCUACAAGGACUCGGAGGGGAUGCGGCACCAUGAUGACUUCGACGUGUCCCUGCUGGUGUGUCACAGCGCGGCGCCGUUCGAGGAGCAGAGCGAGGCGGAGAGGCACGUGCUCCGGCUGCGUUUCUACGUCAUCAUGACGAGCCAACGGGAGCUGUUCCCCCGGCUGACAGCUGACAUGCGGCGCUUCAAGAAGCAGCCACGCUUACAGCGGGAGAACACGCUGGAGCCAGUGGUGGGCCGGGCGGCGUGGGAGGCGCCGGAGCCGGGUCAGGGCUGGCAGCAGCAGGCGGAGCGGGAGCUGUGGCAGGAGGGAGAGGACAGCAGCGAAUUCUACGCGGGCGGUGCCCAGGUCAAGCUGGGCCCUGGGCUGUUCUACACGUCGCCGCUCUUCCCCCUGCUGGCCUCCGAGGUGGCCGUGGCCCAGAAACAGCUGAGCAGCAUGGUGCACCUGGCCAAGUGCCACUGCCGCAGGGACAACCUCUGGAAACGCCUCUUCCUGCUGGAGCCGCUGGCCUCGGACAAACUCAAGCUGGGCAAGCUGUCGCUGGGGGAGCUGGAGGAGCUGCUGAACGCAGUGCACGGGAAAUCCAUCGCUGACAUCGACCCCCAGCUGGGCUGCUUCCUCACCAUGACUGUGCCCUGGUACCAGAGCCUCAUCAAAGUGCUGCUGAGCCGCUUCCCGCAGAGCUGCCGCCACUUCCACAACGUCGAAACUGGCACCCAGUAUCUGGUCGUGCUCAAUCAGAAGUUCACAGACUGUUUUGUUCUUGUGUUUCUGGAUUCCCACUCAGGGAAGACGAGCCUGACGGUGGUUUUCCGGGAGCCGUUCCCCGUGCAGCCCCAGAACAGCGAGAGCCCACUGCCGCAGCUAGUGUCCACCUACCAUCACCUGGAAUCUGUCAUCAACACGGCCUGCUUCAACCUCUGGACAGGGCUGCUCUAGCCGGCGCCAGCACCUUCCAGCCAGACACACCGCGCCGCACCACGUCUGCACCCAGGAGCUGACCUCCAGCAGGAUCCCCCCAGCGCUGCUGGCAGCACGGGGGUCACGUGAUGAACGAGUAAUGGACAGAGUGGAGGGUGCAUGGGGCUUGGCGGCUCCCCUGGACUCCAGCUAGCCCAGACUCCCCAGAAGGGGUGAGCCGGGGGGGGGGGGCCCUUCUCGGGUAGGGGAGCUGCUGUUAAGGACGCUCACGUGUAUUUGACACUGAAUGGAUUUGAAAUGGAGACCCAAGGAGGGUCCCGGCGGCCCUGGCACCAGGAACUUGGCGCACCUGCCACAGCUAAACAGCUGCCAUCUCUGGGCCCAGAAACCCAUGUAUGCCCAGCCCUGGGCCUGGUGACGGAGCUGCCUGGCAUGCUGGGCCGGAACCAGGCACAGUCCUGAGGGCACCGAGCACGGCUGCUGCGGGCCGUCACUUCGAUGGGUGGAAGCAGGGUGGGAUUUCAGGGGUGGGCCAGCCGCGGGGCGGCAGGGGGGUUAUGAGAAUGUACUGAAGGACGUCACUGUCAAAUAAACUGCCUCAGACCAUC